AUGCCGCCGCCCCCGUCCUCUGCUCCUCGCACCAGCGUGCUCCGCCCCAACCUCUCGCGCGUCCCUGCCGCCGCAUCUGCCACCCUGCGGCGACUCCUACUGCCAAGGCAACCCCGCCUCUCCCGCAGCGACUCCGGCCAAGCCCAAGGCCCUCGCUUGGACUCCCACUGCCAAGGCACCAAAGGCCGCGCCCCUGCGCCCGUGCCCCAAGAUGCUCGUCGCGGCACCGGCCCAGCCCCGGAGACCAAGAGCAUACAGACCUUCGCGCCAACCAAGGAGGAGAAGCCAUCCUCUUCCUCCAAGGACAAGAAGAAAGAAGAACAGAUCCUGCAGCAGCAAACAGAAGAAGACAUGAUAAGCGAGUUAGUUGAUGACAUUCUACUCUUGAUCUUGGAAAAUGUCAACUUAACAACAUCAGUGAGGGCAGGCGUCUUGUCCACGCGAUGGAGACACCUUCCUUGGCUGCUCAGACAACUCAGCAUACAUAUCAAGGACUUCCUCCGCGAACCGUAUGACCAUGACCAUCCCGCAGUGGAUGACAUUGAAAAAGCACUGUCAUCUCUAACAGAAGCAGUUAGGAGUAUGUUGGCACCGACUUGCAGAAAGUCUGUUAUAACAAAGCUUUGCAUUUCAUUCUUCGUAACCAGUGGGUACUCAAACGAGGUUGGUCAUCUUGUUAAUGAAGCUAUUGAAAAUGGAAUCGUAAAAGAUAUAGAACUCACAUGUGGCGUUCAGAUGAUGCCUACCACUCUUAGCGAGGAGGACAUGGCAAACCAUGCGGAUGGUGUGAUUAUUUUCUUUCGAAACUAUCCUAAUAUUUGGUUACAACCGAAAAAGGAUCAACUUCGCUCAGGAUUUAGCAAUUUGAGGCAAUUGUAUCUACAUGAUAUUUUUGUUGGAUUUGGCCUUAUGUGGACAACGACGCUUCUUGAAGCUGCGCCAUCCCUUGAGAUACUCAGAGUUGGGAAAAAAUAUAUUAAAGAAAACAAUCUAGUGACCUUUAUAGGUAGUGGUUGCUUUUUCAGGGUGACCCUCAUCACCCAUGCUGUUCUCACCCAUGCUGUUCAUACUCGCCAUGGAUCCACUGCAACAACUGCUAGACAUGGCAACACAGCACGGCAUACUCACCACUCUGCCCCUGGCAGCGGCAAGAUGGAGAACAUCCAUGUACGCUGA